AUGGCUUCUACGCAACAGCAAACUGCACAGCCUGCGCCAGCGUCCGAAUGGAGGCUGGAUGGGACUCGCCUAGUGCGGCGUCUUCGUGGUGUUGAGCUCGUCGUCAAGGCGUCAGAGAAGUUCAACGACGGGAAUGCAGCGCUGGAAACCCCUCUGUCCUGCGAGCAGCUGAAACGCCGUCAUCAAGCGGCCUGGUGGCGCACUCGACGCGCUCUGCCCGUCGUGGGCGUUGUGUAUCCAACACUUGACCAGGCUGCCUUCGAGCUGCAUCAGACCGCAGAGGAUGCCAAACGAUGGGCUGCUCAGACGUGCCCGGUAGCUGAGAACACGACUAUCACGGACGUCUAUCUCGCCCUUGCCCGCCACGCAACCGAUGCCCUAACCAGCAUGACGCUGGUUGUCGACCCCGUCCGGGGCCCACGGGGAUGCGUGUCGAAUAUUUCGCAUACUCUCAUGAGCCUGGAUGUAUUCACAAUAAUGCAGGAGUUCAUGCACCAGCUCGCUCACCCAGAUACUGAGCUGGGUAUCGAUGGCAUCUUCUCCCCAGAGACCGCGUCCAACACCAUCUCUCGCCUCCCUCAAUCGCUUAGCCAUGCGUACUCUCUCCGCCACCAGCCUACACCACAGGAGCUACAGGAAGCUCUCGCCAUGCAGGAGCGCUCGCAAGAACGCUGGGCCCGGUCGUCAAUCGGCAUUCCUCUACAGAAAGACUGCCAGCACCGGCCAUCGCGCAUCCACAACCAGUCCGUAACCUUCGAACCGUCCGAAGCAAAGGCGGCCUUUGCAUUCCUCAAGCAGUCCGGCGUAUCACUCACAGCCGCCUUCUUUGCCUGCAUGACAUCCGGAAUUGCACACGCCUUCCCUGAGACAAACUCCUCCGCUGAGCUGGACGGCGCACACCUCGUCUUCUCUGCCAACGGCCGCCGAUUCCUCCCUCUAGCUGCAUCCAACGGACAGGGCCCGGUAACCAUGCCCAUCAUCCCAGGGAGCAUGUGGAUCGACGCAAAGGACGUCAACCUCCGCCCGGCCUCGCCACAGGGUCUACUCCGCCUAGCACGCGUCGUUGAACAAGCACAGAACCAAGACCUCACCUCGCCACAUCUCAUCGGCGUCCUGGACCAGGCGGCCCCUGUGCUGGCCAAGGCACUGGAGGACGUACAUAACCUGCCUGAUGGUCCCCCGCUACCGGCAGUCGGACGGCCAACACUUACAUCCCAAGGCCUGUUCGCCGACCUGCAGAAACGAGUUCCAGGUGCAGGAGCUAGAGACGCUACAGAGAUGGAUGGGCCGGAUCCCAUCCGCAUGGUGGACUUCAAUACUGGAGGCCGCAAUACGGAUCCCAAUGUGUGCUUUGCGCUGAAUAGCUUCCGCGACGAGCUACGGUUUAAUCUCCUGUUUGAUGAGAAGUUCUUUGACCUGCACGAUGUUCUGCAUAUGGGGUGUACGGUUUCUAGGCUGUUUCGACGAUUGGUUGGACUGGAGGUGGUUGCUGCACGUCUUUAA